AUGCAGGCUGUUCACGUACUUAGGAAACUUUUCGAUGACUAUCAGAAGUCAACACCGUCAAGACUCAAGAUCAUUGACGCUUACAUGGUGUACAUAUUACUGACUGGCAUUGCGCAGUUUCUCUACUGUCUUAUGGUCGGAACGUUCCCAUUCAACUCAUUCCUUUCUGGUUUCAUCUCUACUGUGACCUCCUUCGUUCUUGCAUGUGAGUUCGUGGAACAAACAAUUGCAUUUUUUUCACAUUGA